AUGGGGAAAGUCCAACUUCCGACCCGGGACCAGAUCGCGGCACCCUUUCGCUCGAAAGAGGCCUUUGUCGAUUUCAUCAGGUCUCCCCAAGGCAACGAGGGUCAUACCCCAAUCGGCGACGAGAGAUGGUCUAACAAAGAUCUGGAGCCAACGCCUGUGGAACAGAGGACUUGGACCUGGUUCAAUUUGCCUCUAUACUGGUUCUCGAAUCAGUUUUCCCUCGUUGGUUGGAAUACUGGCUCCGCUCUUGUCACAGUCGGUCUCACAUGGCAACAAUCCUUUGUAUCAGCCUGCAUUGGGUCUUUUCUAGCAGCAGUCGUAGUCGUCCUCAUGGCUCGUCCAGGUGCCAAGUACCACAUUGGAUUUCCCGUGAUUGCACGCUCAGUUAUGGGUAUGUACGGAUCCUACUUCUUCGUCUUCAUCCGAGCGAUUGUAUGCAUCAUCUGGUACGGAAUUCAGUCCUUCUACGCCGGCAACAUCCUCUCCGUUAUGCUCCGUUGUAUCUUCGGUAGCUCCUGGCAGAACUUCACGAACACACUCUCGCCCACCGCAAGUGUCACCUCAAAGCAGCUUUUGGCUUUCUUCAUGGCCUGGCUAAUGGAGUUUCCAUUCAUGUGGGUCCAUCCCCGGCACAUCCACUAUAUCUUCACCGUAAAGGGGUUCAUCAUGCCAGUUGCCGCUUUCGCUAUCUUCGGUUGGUGCAUGGCUAACGGUGGCGGACUCGGCGCUAUGGACCUUGCUUCCAGCGAAGGCGAGCUUGCCGCAUCGGUAACCCCUUUGGGAUGGAGCAUCAUGGCCGGUAUCAACACCAUCUUCGGUUCGCUCUCGCCUAUGUUGGUCAAUCAGCCUGAUCUUGCUCGUUACUGCAAGAAGCCUCGAGAUGCUGGUGCGAUUCAAGGUGUCAGCGUCUUCGUGUCCUCUAUCAUCGUUUUCUUCCUUGGCAUGGCCUCAACGACUUCCAUGCAGGCAGCAUAUGGUGUUGCCUACUGGAAUAUCUGGGAUCUCUUCGAAGCCAUCCUUGACCACCACUUCGGUGCCGGAGCGCGUGCAGGUAUCUUCUUCGUUGCUUUGGCAUUCUACUUCGGUGUCUUCGCCACAAAUUUCGGAGCGAACUCAAUUCCGUUCGGAAGUGAUAUGACUGGCCUUUUCCCCAAGUGGCUCACCAUUCGCCGUGGACAAGUGCUCUGCGCCAUUCUUGGUGUAGUCGUACAGCCAUGGCAACUGAUGAAGAACGCAUCGGCCUUCUUGAGUUUCUUGGGUUCUUACAACAUCUUUAUGGCCCCACUUUGCGCCGUUAUCAUUGUCGACUACUACAUCGCGCGCAAAGGAAACAUACAUAUACCAUCGUGCUACGAUGGCAAGAAGACGGGCCUCUACUGGUACUGGUCUGGUGUCAACUGGAGUGGUGUGGCAGCUUGGCUACUUGGUACAACUAUGGGUAUUCCUGGUCUUAUCGGCCAGUACGAGCCACAGAUCAUUUCGGCGGCUGCCCAGAACAUGUACCGCAUGGGCUGGCUGCUGACUUUCUUCACCGCGGCGACGGUGUACUACGUCGUUACCUUCUUCGUCAAGCCACGCGUGUUUCCUGUCGGACGCGAGAGCACGCCGUUCCAGCGUGAAUGGCUAGCCAAUGACGGUCGCGAGGGUUUCUUUGACGGAGAGAGAGAUGAUGGAGUGAUUUAUGGCGCCUCAACGCCACCCAUGACUGAUGGAGGAGAAGAUGUUGAGAUCGGCGAGAACUCCGAUCUUUAUAGACUUACGGCCACCGAGAUCUCGGCGAAGAUCAAAGCGGGCGAGUACUCUGUCGAAGAAUAUGCAAAAUCACUCCUUGGACGUAUCGAAGCGCGUGACGAAGCUGUCCAAGCAUGGGCAUACCUCAAUCCCGAAUAUGUUAUCAAGCAGGCGAAAGCACUUGAUGCCAUUCCGCAAGCCGAGCGCGGUCCCCUGCAUGGCGUCGCCAUCGCUGUCAAAGAUGUCAUUUACACCAAGGAAAUGCCCACGCAGUUUAACUCACCCAUAUAUUCCAAUGACGCGCCCCAAGUAGACGCUGGGUCCAUAGCGAUACUGCGUAAGAGCGGCGCACUCAUCUUCGGCAAAACGACCACCACGGAGUUUGCUGCGACUACCACGGGCCCAAAGACACGGAACCCGCACGACUCAAAACGCACGCCUGGUGGCUCUUCAUCCGGAUCUGGUGCCGCAGUGGGUGACUGCCAGGCACCCAUUGGUCUAGGAACCCAGACUGGUGGCAGCACUAUCCGCCCCGGCUCAUACAAUGGCAUCUAUGCCCUCAAACCCACAUGGAAUUCCAUUACUCGCGAAGGCCAGAAGAUCUACUCUCUGAUUCUGGACACAUUGGGUCUUUAUGCCCGCAGCGUGGCUGAUCUAGAACUGCUCGCCGAUACAUUCGCCAUCCACGACGAUGCGCCACCUUCAAAAGACUUCACCGUGAAAGGCGCGAAAUUCGCUCUCCUCAAAACUAUGGUUUGGCCGAGCGUAGGCCCUGGCACCUCCACCGCACUUGACAAAGCGGUCUCACUACUUCGUGCGCACGGCGCCGAGGUUGAAGAAAUCAGCUUACCAGAUGACCUAAACGAUCUUCCGGCGUGGCACGCGGCGGUACUCAACUCUGACGGCCGAACCGCGUUUCUGCCAGAAUACACAGUGGCCAAGGAUAAGAUCUCGGAACAGCUCGUCGGCCAUGUCGAGAACAGUGGAAAGAUCUCGCGCAAAGCACAGCUUGAAGCUUUCGAUAAGAUCGCGGCAGCGAGACCGGUUGUAGAUGAGAUACUUGGUAGAUACGCUGCGGUACUUACACCGAGUGUGCCAGACGAAGCGCCGCUAGGUAUUGAGAAGACAGGCAGUGCGGCCUUUUGUUUGAUCUGGACGGCACUGCACACACCAGUAGUCAACGUUCCAGGCUUCAAAGGCGAGAACGGAAUGCCAAUCGGGGUAUCGCUUGUUGCGCCUCGCUACCACGAUAGACGGUUGCUCGCGGUCAGCAGCAAGGUCGGUGAAAUCUUCGAAGCGGAAGGUGGAUGGAAGCGCUCUGUGUAG